AUGGCUGCUUGUUUUGCUUCUGCUGUAAGAUUUGCCAACAAUAUUGUGAGAAAUAACCCACAGGUUCGUAAUAUUGCGAGUUUUUUCAGAAAUGCUUUGGGCUUGGAUCCUCCUGCUUCUCCUGACGACCCAACUACCGAAAAUCGUUUCCAUCCCUGGGACUCCUCACCUUCUGCCGAACUUAGAACCAGAGCUGCCACAAUCAAGGCUAAUGCUAAGUGCCCUGUGAGCCAUAAGGAUAUUCAAUACACUUGCCCAAUCUCUGGUAUUCCAACCCAUCAUUCGAAAGAAGACUGGGAAAAUGAUCUCGAAUACCAUCAAUCCAAAAGAUACGAACUUCUCAAAAAAGUUAACAUUUAUGAACAUGACUUGAGGUCUGGUCGUCCAUUCCCUGAAUUCGAGUUUCCUGAAGAACAAGAAUCCGAUAUGUUGGUCAAUUUCCUAAACUGGGAUACUUUUUUUUAUACAAGAUUAUUCUAUUCCAUGGAUACUGAAUUCAAUUUGGCUGCUGCAACAAAAAUUCUAAGUUAUCCCAUAACAAUUGCAUCAGUUUUGCACGAAUAUUCUCCUUAUUUCUUGAAACCAAAGGGUCCACUCACUUUAGAAGGUUUAAAAUCAAUAGCCGCAUUAAGAUAUACUUUAUAUCCAGACGAAACAUCAACUUUCAGAGACAGACCUUUAAGAAUUUUUGUCUUGGGUGCAAGAGCAGAAUCACAAUUACCUGCUCAUAUUUGGAAACAAUUAAGUUACUUGUUCCCAUAUGUACCAUUGGAAUUACAUUUUGUUGGUCCUGAAUGUUUAUUUGAUCCGGAAAAGAAUCUUUAUAUUCAAUCCGAUACACCUGUUGUUAAAAGAGUUGAUGAAGAUUUUGCUUUAGUUCAUCAUACUAAUUUUUUUCAUGUCUAUCACAAAUCUCAAGAUUUCUUGCCUUACGAUCCUUAUUUAGACGUCUUUUUCCUUUUCCAUCCUGGUUUAGGAGCCCCAGAGACUAAUGGCCAAUGGGAUGAAACAAUAAAGGGUUUAUUAGAAUCAAAAUGUGCCAUAUUUACAACUGGUUAUAAUGAGUUUGAUACAAAUAGAGAUAUAAAUUGGCUAUUAAGCAAUUAUAACAAAGAUUUAGAUAUCUUAUUCGAAAAGACCAAUAACAUUUUUGGUUCAACUAAAUGGGAACUUAAUGAUUCAAAUCCCCAUGAACUUUAUCAGUUUAACCAACAAUUAUUUGGUUUCAGAGGUAAACGUUAUCAUGCAAUCAAAAAAUAAUAAUUCUUUAAAAUUUAAAGUAAAAUCAAUUAGG